AUGGUCAAGCUGACACCUUACUUCCUUCGUGAGCCGCAGGAUCUCAUCAUGCUCCCGGGUUACUUUUUGUUCGCUUACUUCCAUAGCUUGAUUAAGCUGUAUGCGGGCCUUACCUUCUGGGAGACGAACUGGAGUGGACGGAAUCUCGACGCUAUUAACACCGACGCUUCUGUGCAGGACAAGAGGGUGUCUGAGAAAAAGUCUAAACCUGCUAUCCGAUCUCCGCGCUUCGAACGCAAACUACCCUUCAGUCCGGAUACGCCUAUUCCUAGUAUUGAGAGCGAUGCCGAUACAAUGGCUACUCCAGUCAGUGGUAGGGCUUCGACGAGAAAGGUUGAAGCGGCGGGUGUUGGAAAUGGAUCUUCUGGUGUUACUCGUGGUACUGCUGGUCCUGCCCGUCGUGGACGUGGACGGCCUCGGAAGAGCUGA